GGGCGGAAUUUUCCGGUCGAUCCAAAACCCAUCUCUUAGAAUAUCGCGUUCUUUCUCUUCGACUCCGAGAAGGCUCUGGAAAGUCUCCCAUGGCGUACGUUGAACGAGGCGUUGUGAAAUCCCAGAGAUCAUUUUGGCGUCUCAAAACCAUAACUGAUUUCUUUUGGGCCAUUGUAAACAUUAUCGGUGUGUUUUUUACAACCUUAUUCUCGAUGGAAAAAUCUGAGGCUUAUAGAAAAGGAUCUGGUUCUGGCAAGAAAUGGGACGGUGGUGGCCCAGGAGGUCCCGGGUCAGGGCCUUAUGGUGGUCGUCCACGUGGGCCACCUCGUGGUCUAGACAACGUUCGAGGGAUCGAUCAUAGUUCACUACCUGCCUGUGGUUCGUGUUGCGGCUAAGCUUUUGGCUGCUUCCAUGGUGCAUUUACACAAGGGUGUCUAGAAAAUACUGUUCAAUUUAAAAUCGUGGGCCGUGUUGUAAAUGUUGAUGGAAUGCUAUCUGCGAAUAUAAAUUAGUUAAUUAGAUAGAAAAAAGGGUUCACUGAUGUGGUUUCAUAAAUUAGUACUCAAAAGUUAAUUUUGCCAAUCAAAAUCUGUAGUGUUUGGAUAAAACUUUAAGAUGCCAAAGCAUUUUUAAUAUAUUAUAUUGCAAUGA